GGUGGAGCCACAGCCUCUACUAGAGCCCCAUAAAACACCCAAGAAGAAGAGGCCAAGGAGGUGCAGACGGAGGCCUGGAGCAGGCUGCAACGACAAGCAGCGUGCAGGCCGCCCCAGCCCCCGAGAUCACCGUGGUGUUGGGGGAGGCAGGGAUGAAGGACAGCAGGCGAUGAUGGGUCAGCGGCAGACAUUGUGGAAGCAGUCCUCUGAGUCGUGGGGAGGACGCCACAACAGACUACACUAUCAAGGAGACUGUCUGCCAGGAUCUUAUUCAAUAAUGGAUGACAUGUUUCUGGAGGGCAAGAUGGAGGUGGGGGAGGAGGUGCGGCGGCAGUGCCAUGACCCUAUGCUGGCCCCCACGCCGGUGCUGCUGGCUCGACGCGAGGUUCCGGCGCGCCACCCCCGGGCCACCACCACGCAGCUGCAUCACAUCAGCGAGGAGAUGCUGGUUUACCGCAAGCACAACCUCCUCUCCUGCCAACUGCCCGGCUCACCCAAGUCCACGUUCCUUAUGGUAUUCAGCCCCGAUGGGUCAAAGGUCGCCUCCACCCACGGCGACCACAACAUCUACGUCAGCGAGGUCAACACAGGUCAGUGCAUCUGUACGCUGGAGGGACACCCGCGAACCCCGUGGUGUGUGGCCUUCCACCCCGCCUCCAACGAGAUAGUGGCCUCGGGCUGCCUCGGCGGGGAGGUGCGCGUGUGGGGCCUCAAGGGCGGCAGUGAGGUGUGGACGACAGAGAAGAGCACGGUGAUCGCCUCCCUCGCCUUCCACCCCACGGACAAGGUGCUGGUCAUCGCCACCUACAAUGAGAUAUACUUCUGGGAUUGGUUCCAGCCGCAGCCCUUCACCAAGAUAUGCACGGCUGAUGAGAAGGAGAAAGUCAGGUACGUCAAAUUCGACCCGCUCGGCCACAAGCUCAUCACGGGGAUCGCCAACAUGCCCCACGAGAGGCCCGGGUCGCCCUCCACCCACCACAUGCCCUCGCGCUCGGAGCUGGUGGAGCGCGAGCAGCGAUACAGCCAGCUCUCCAGCCAGUACCUCAGCCUCGUCUCACACCUGGAGGCCCUAACGAGCUCAUCCGCCGCCGCUGCUGCUGCGUCCGGCGGCUCCUCGUCUGCCGCCACAACCGCCGCGACGUCAUCCACAAGCACCACGUCAGCUUCCCGCACGAUCGACCGAGGCACAGACCCCAUAGAACUCGGGGCAGCGCGGCGCGGCAGAUGACCGAGGAACGCAGAGGUACCGGCGGAGGAGGCGGCGGCAGUGUUGGCAGCGGGAAUGGUGG